CAACAAUUUUCUCACCCCAUAUAUAAACAAAUCUCUUUAGCUUCCCUCUUUAUUUAUUAAUCUCUUCCCCAAAUCUUCAAUUCCUUCAACCCUAAUUCUUCUCUUUCUCUCACAGAUCUACCAAACUUGAAUCUCCAAUGGCGUCCACAGCACCACCAGUUCUCCCUAUCUCAAAUCCCCAAACUGUUCCAUCCGCCGCUCCUUCCUCCGUCGAAUCCCAACCACCGAUCGCUACCCCGGCGUUUCGCAACUUCGUCAAUCAGAUCACCGAUACCGUUAAAAACGGACUCUCUAAGCGUCGUCCUUGGGCUGAGCUCGCGGAUCGUUCCGCAUUAUCCAAACCUGAGUCGAUCUCCGACGCAGCUGUUCGGAUCCGUAAGAAUUACUCGUAUUUCAAGGUUAAUUACCUCACCGUCGCUACCGCGAUCGUCGGGUUCUCGCUCGUGACUCAUCCUUUCUCCCUCGUCUUCCUCCUCUGUCUCCUCGCUUCCUGGCUGUUCCUCUACCUGUUCCGUCCCACUGAUCAGCCGAUCGUCGUCUUCGGCCGUACGUUCUCCGAUCGUGAGACGUUGGGGUGUUUGAUCUUGUUCAGUAUCUUUGUGAUUUUCCUCACCGAUGUUGGAUCUGUUCUUGUUUCGGCUAUGAUGGUUGGUGUUGCUUUGAUCUGUGCUCACGGUGCUUUUAGAGCUCCCGAAGAUCUUUUCCUCGAUGAACAAGAGCCAGCUGCUACCGGAUUCCUCUCAUUCCUCGGUGGCGCCGCCUCAUCCGCCGCGCCUGCUGUCAUUGCUGCUCGCGUGUAAAGUGACUCCGAUCUAUCAGUCCUUGAUCUGGAUUUUUUUUUUUUUUUUUUUAAAUCUUCAUAUAUGAUUCGUUUGUUGAGUCCAUUCCAUACUUAGGAUUUUUAAUCUGGAAACAAUAAUUUGUGGAUCUGGCCUAAUUUUUGGUUCUUGUUCAUGGGCAAAAUAGCUAUAGCUGAAAUAUAUAUAUAUCUUUGAAUGAUUUUGAUUUGAAGAAAUUUUACCACAUUGUGUUAAUCUUUAGCGUUUACAAGUCUUUGUAUUUGAAGUAAUUGGAUAUUUGUUUU